AUGAUUCCAUCCUUAACAAAGUUGAAUCAUGUUACAUCAGAAUGGUCAGAUUCUGAAUUAAGUUUAUUACUGAGUGCGUUAAAAAGAGAUCGUUCAUUUUCAACACGUGAAUUGGCUGAAUUCAUACAAACGAAAAAGAAAACAGAGAUUAGAGAACUUAUAGCUUGCCUUAUGGAUGUGGAUGAGAAGAAUUUACAGGAUCCACAAAUUACUGUACCGGAAGUUAAACCUGAAGGAUCAAUUGAUAUUUUAUUACAAAUAACUAGACACAGUUGUACUGAAUACUAUAAUUAUAGUAUGGCAUUGAAUGAAGUUCUCCAGCGAGCUUCUACGUGGGAAAGUGUAGAAUGUCGUAAAAUCAAUAAAAGAGAUCCAGACCCUAUAUAUUUACCUUAUGCACAGGUUUAUCGGUUUUUUUCUUCAUUGGUUUGUGGACAACCAUUACCAAAUCUAUCUGACUUGUCGUCUGGCGCCUUUCUAGAUCUUUUAACAUGUUUAGACAGAAUUUUAAACUUUGUCAAUAUUAGCAAGAAAAGUGAAAAUUCUAAUCAGAAUUCCCAUUUAUUAAUUGAACAACUUCAAAAUGCGAAUAAAAUCGCUACUGAAAAAAUAGGUGUAUUUUUAGCAUUGGCCGCUGCUAUUCAAUUGAAUUCACGUUUAUGUUCACGACGUGGAUGUGAUAUUACAGAAAACUUUGAUGAACACUGUAUUGCUCCACUGUUUUUAUUAUCUAAAGUGAAGCAUCCUCAUACACUGAAACAAACUCGUGAAAUGGUCGAAUAUCUAAUUAAUCGAUUCGCGAAAUUAUGGUCAUUGCCGAAAUUCCCAUGUUCACAAAAUGGUUCAUUUGCUUCUGAAGGAGAAUUAAAUAUUCAGUCGACUGAUUUACCAGAUGCCUUAUUCAAACGUCUUAGUAUGUUUUCACUGAAUCCAUUUUCAUUCCCAAUGGAAGUGAUGUCUCCUUUUCAAAAAAUCUUAGAUGAUUUUAGACAUAUGUGUUCAAGCAGGUUCAGUUAUUUAAAUCGCUUCAAAUCAAUUUUAUACAUUUCUUUACCGAUCGGACUUCAACAUUCUGUCAAACGAUCCACACCAUCACAACCUAUAAAAGUUGUUAACCAAUGGAAGAAGCGUCGAACUGAAAAGUCGACCAAGAGUCGACCAACAUUACGUCAUAAAGCGUUGGAGAGUUCUGUACCUUUGAAUAAUUUGACAACAUUGAGUUUUGAUGAAAAUACAAAUCAAGUUGGCAGCAAUGCAUGUAGCGAUGAGAAAACUGAUUUGAAAGUUAACCUAACAUCACGUCGCUUUGUAAACUGGUGUCCAGGAACACAUUUCAUUCGUGUUUCAGAUCCAGCAGAAGAUGAAGCUGUCAAGAUGCUUAUGAAUACGUUUUUAGUUGUGAUAGUACAUUAAAGAUGAAAUAAAAAAAUUAAUAAAAUCCUCACAUGUUCAGUUCGAGAAUUUAAUCUAAUAGUCUUAAUCCAGUCUUUGACCAAGAAUUCCAACGUUUCAAAUCUACUCUUCUCGAUAGCUGCAACCAAUAUAUUAGCACAAAAGUCUUCUAACGAAAGAACAUAGAAAUCACCUAAAACUACUUAGAACUAAUAAAGAAUUGAUCAUAACACGUCCAGUUGAAGGUGCUGGUUUAGUGCUGCUAAACCGCAAUAAUUAUGUUGAAAAAAUGACAACGCUGUUAGCAGAUGACACCAAAUUCUCAAAACCAAUCAAUGAGAAAAACAAGACAAGUUAUAGAAAAACAACUAAUUGAAGUUCUUGAAAGAAUGAAAAAUGAUAAGUUAAUUGAAGGACAUGUCUUUGAGCGAAUAAAACCAACAGGAUCAUUAUUACAGCGACUAUAUGGUAUGCCAAAAAAUACACAAACCUGUCCUACCUCUCAGACCUAUUCUCGAUAUGUCAGGAUCUCCUUACCAUUUUAUCACAAAGUGGCUGACAAAUCUCUUAGAACCCAUCAGAAAACACAUUUGUAAUCACUCCAUACGUGAUACUCCUGAAUUUAUUGAGCACAUAAAAGAAGUGAGUAUAAAUGACAAAAUUAUGCUAUCUCUGGAUGUCGAACCAUUAUUCACUUAUGUUCCACUCACAGAGACCAUUAAUUCCAUCUGCAGGUACGUAAAUAACAGUCACUGUACUCACUAGAAAUGUUUAACUUCUGAGGGUGUUCAGAAAUAAUCGGAAAUCAAGAUUGUAGUCACAAAGGAAGAGGAAAAUGUGAAGUUACUAUGUAUGACCUCAUUAUUUUGCCUAUUUAUUGAACAAAUAUUUUAUGUUUUAAAUGAUCGACUACACAGAAUAAUAAGACUUUUACUACAAACCUACUUUUCAUCUUUAAUAUGCAAAUAAAGACGUCGAAUUUGGUCGAUACACAGAAUCAAUAACACUGAACAGAUGAACAUGGCGAAAAGAAAUGGAUAUAUGUAUCGAAAUGCAACUUCGCUAUCUAAUGCUGUAGGGAAAUAAACAAGUCAAUAAGAAAUUAUUAUUACGUAGGUAAUAGUGAUACAUAAAUACAUAUAUACAUUGGAAAUAUAAGAUUCAAUUCGAUAAUCAGAAGCCGUAGAAACACGGUUACCUAGCUAACAAUGCUAAAGAAAAAUUAAUCAAAAUAUAGCUUGUAUUCUCAAUAUUUCGCUUUAAGCUAUAUGUUUUCCUAUCAGUAACAGUACAACCGAUAAAUGGAAAUAUGUGGAACUUAAUAACUUCUCAACAUUUAUCUCUUGAUUCUUACGUAACUACCAUCCUAUUGACCAUCCGUUAAAAUUCUGUUCCUUCUUUGUUUCUUACAUUACGCAACUUAGCAACUUCUUGAUCACUUUGAAAAACCUUGGACCAGAUUAUCAGGUGAAACGUUGGAUUUACUUCAAAUUCUUUCGCUGAGAUUUUACAAAAACAUUCUUCCACUUUAAUGUCUCGCAUAAACUCGGCGCUCAAAUAUUGUUAAACUAUUCGUUCAAAUUUAGACGAAAGUUCUUAUUUAUUAAACAAAUAGAUGUUUAGUAUAGACCAACCAGUGAAUAUAUGUACUUUAAAAGCAAUCAACACAAUAAAUAAACAAUCAGGAUUCUUGAAAGUUACACAGCUAGGUAAAAAUCUUACCGAUUAAUGGACUAAUAUAAUAAGCCAAUAAAUAUGGUACACUUAACGAUAAUCCAAUAGUUACAAGCAAUGGUGCGAUUGCCCAAAGUAAACGCAUACAACGAGCAUCUUGUCGAUGAUGUGUCAUUUCAUCAUGAAAUAAUUCUAAACGAUUUCGUAACCACCAUGGCGGUCCAAGAAGAGUUGGGAUUGUUCACGAAAUCGAUUAUUUGUUGAAGUAAUCUGUCCAUAAGAUGAUGACGGCGAUGAUAAGUUUGGAGCAUACAAAUCUGUCGAAAUAUCGUCUGGUUCAUUAGUCAAUGUCCGUUGAGACGAUUCUACAGACAUGAAUCCCGAAUGAUUAUUCAAAUUAGAUGUUUGAUUAUGAGAAUCUCGACGUUGUUUGUAUGGUACUUCAGUUCCAUUUUCAGUAACAAUAAAAUCCUAAACCAAUAAACAUUAAGUAAAGCUGCUACAAGACAAGGUUACUCAUGCUGAUUACACAAUGAAUUCACGAUAUAAAUAAAUUUUUAAUAAAUUGUAAUGAAUUUUUGUUAAACGUUAAAAUUAAUGAGAUGUUAAAAACAGCAUACAUCAAUCGUACAAUAAGAAUAUGACAAAAUGCAAUUCCGUGUAUUAUAUGCUGGUAUCUAAUAAAUAAUUUAUGGUCGAUUACUUUAACCCCAUCCAAUUAAUUUGAAACGAUCAUUACAUUUUCAUGACUAACAUGUCGAUAUGAACAAUAUCUGUAAACAAGGAGGAUCCGAUGCAGAUGUAAAGGUGAGGCUUGGCAAAGGGAGAGCGACAUUCCUACAGUUGAAAAAGAUCCCGAUCUCAAAACAACUGUCAACCAACAUCAAAAUCAGAAUCAUCAACACGAAUGUGGAGACAGUUCUACUGUACGGAGCUGAAACUUGGAGAACUACCGCAACCAUCGUCAAGAAAGUACAGGUAGUCAUAAACAGUUGUCUACGCAAGAUACUCAUUGUCCGUUGGCUGGAUACCAUCAGCAACAGCCUACU